UUCCCCCAGUUUUACUUCUCGUUUUGCGAGGCUGGAGAAAGGGCAGCAGCAUCUGCAAGCUGAAAGUUUUCCCCUUGAGAUUUUUUUCUAGGAAGGACUGAAACUACCAGGAAAUGACUUCUAAGUCCCUCCCAGGUUUCUGUCUGUCUGUGUGCUCGUUACAUGCCCGUGCAGCCAUCCACGGACGUGUCACUCUCCUUAUCUUCGCCAUGUCAAUGUCUUUGUGACACCAAUGCCUGGGCACGUUACUGUAGCCCUGGGCUUGGGUGGGGAGCGGUAUGUGUUGCACACAUGCACGCAUGUGGGGUGGGUGUGGUGUUCUGUGUACAACCUUGUGUAUGUUUCCCUUCUGUCUGCUGCCUCUUUUUUCUUUUCUUUCUUUGUGUGUGUGUGUGUGUGUGUGGUGUGGUCCUCCACGUCACUAACCCUUAGUAAAGAGUGAAUCAACAGGAAGGCAAAGGGAUCUCAGUGUGUCACCGCUACCCUCCUUCCCCGUCACCCUUCACCGUGUCGGCACCACUCCAUCCUCCUCUCCCCCUCCUCCCCCAGCUGCCAAACCUAACAUCAGGAAAGGAGAGCCUUCCAGAUGUGUCCUGAAGCUGUUAAACGCCGCACGAGCCUCCCUACCCUUUCAGGGAGUUUAUAACUAUUGUUAGUCUCGCCUGUGAAGUACGAUCCUUAAAUUGUUGGCUAUUUUUACACUGAAAGAGGGUCACGCUGGGACUCAGGCGGUGACAUUUUGCUUAACAUAAUACGCAGUAAAUUGUGCGCUCGAUAGUACUGUACGUUCAGCGUCUUGAUCAGCUCACAAUAAAGCGAGGGCUGCGAGGACAAAACGUACCUUUCUCCCAGAGACUUUAUAAACCUAUUUAUUUUUAUUGGCUCCCUCCUAGAUGUUAUCGUUCCUUAAGAUAAAAGUAGGGCUUUUAAAGGUCAGAGGUUUACCUAGCCAUGUGGGGAAGCUGAAACUCUGGAAGCCCUGGAGCAGAUUGUGUGGUUGGUGCAGUCGAGGGGAAAAGGGAGAAGAGCCCUUUCAGGGGCUUGCAGAAGAAAACAGAUUUGUCGGCAUUAAUGCAUCUGACAUAAACUACUCAGCUGGUCGAUAUGACACUUCAGUAAAACCCCCAUUUGAUGUAGGUUUUGAAGGUAUUGGUGAUGUGGUUGCCUUAGGGCUGAGUGCUAGUGCCAGUUACACAGUGGGCCAAGCUGUGGCGUAUCUGUCACCAGGGUCUUUUGCUGAGUAUACUGUUGUGCCUGCCAAAAAUGCAGUUCCUCUACCCUCUGUGAAACCUGAGUUUCUUACUUUAAUGGUAAGCGGCACUACCGCGUACAUCAGUCUAAAGGAGCAUGGAGAAUUAUCUGAAGGCAAGAAGGUUUUGGUCACAGCAGCAGCUGGAGGAACAGGCCAGUUUGCUGUGCAGCUUGCAAAGAAGGCAAAAUGCCAUGUAAUUGGAACUUGCUCUAGCGAUGAAAAGGCUGGUUUUCUAAGAUCCAUUGGCUGUGACCAUUCUAUCAACUAUAAAACUGAAAAUGUUGGUGCAAUUCUUAGGAAGGACUACCCAGAAGGCGUGGAUAUAGUGUAUGAAUCUGUUGGUGGAAAGAUGUUUGACUUGGCUGUCAACUCCUUGGCUACCAAAGGGCGUCUGAUAGUUAUUGGGUUUAUCUCUGGCUACCAAACCCCUACUGGCCUUCAGCCUAUUAAAGCAGAAUUGCUGCCAGUAAAACUGCUGAAGAAAUCUGCCAGCAUCCGGGGUUUCUUUUUGAACCAUUACCUUUCCGAAUACCCAAUGGCUCUGAAACACUUGCUCAAGAUGUGUGAAAAUGGAGAACUGGUCUGUGAGGUGGACCUUGGAAACUUGUCUCCAGAGGGCAAGUUCACUAGCUUGGAGUCUGUAUUCCGUGCUGUAGAUUAUAUGUACAUGGGAAAAAACAUUGGAAAAAUUGUAGUUGAAUUACCUCACUCUGUCAACAGUAAGCUGUAAAAACAGAACAAUGAUAUAAAUCAAAAGAGAGAGAAAAUGGGCACGUUGUGCCCCAGAAUUACUAGAAACAAUUUAUUUAACACAAAAAAACCCUUGGUAAUGGAUAUUAUAUUAAAAAAAGCAUUCGGGUGUUAAUAAAAAGUUUUGAUUGUUAAAAAACCAAAAAAAACCCAGCUAAAUUAAACCAGUGUCACUGGCAAGAACUUAAAUGUGCCUGUGUUCAAUUCUGUAACUUUUUACAGGCUGUGUUGCCCAGUCUAAUGUUAGAGGCAACCAUUAUUCUCAGCAGUUAAAAUAAGUCUGGUUGCAAAGGCUGAGCCAAUCAGUCUUUCUUCAGUUUGAUAACAUUUUACAAUCCAGUUAGAAACAUGUUAUAUAAAUUAUUUAAACAGAAAGAAAGAGACAGGCCAUGAUCAAAAUGUCUUUAGUUUACAGCAAACAAGUAAAUAUAUAUAUAUUCACAUCUUGUAGAAGUUUUGUUAUUUUAUGAUAUUUCCAGAAAACAGUGAAAAAUAAUAAUUUAAAUGUUUUGGGUAGCAAAGCUGGUAAUAAUACUAGGGUUACAUUGUGCACAUGAGUCAUAUUUCAUAAUCAGUUAUUUAUGGAAAAUGUAUCCUCUGGUUCUAACAUGGCAGAAAUAUAGAAAAAAAAAUCCACAGAUGAAUUUUUUUCUUUUACUUCCAAAGUUACAAUUUACAAAUAACUCUGCAGCUUUCACUUAAGUCUUUGGUUACAAUUUGGAACAUUCAUUUUAUAGUUUUGCCUUGAUGUUUGUUAUUAUUACUGUUUACGCUCUAUUCUCCGCAUUAAUGCACAAGGCAGGCUUACUGCACUACAGUUUUGAAUUGUGUUCACAUGUACAGAGGUCAUGUACUAAACUAAGGAUUUAAUAAAGUCCAGAAAAAUAUCCCCAUGUGUGUAGUAUUUAUUCAUACUGAUACAAUUCUUGUAGAUUAGCUUUCCUAUAGUAGUGCAGCUUAUUGUAGCAUACUUGGCUAAUGCUUAAUAUUUGGUAUGGCUUCUCAUAGCCAUGGUAUUAUUUUUUCAGUAGUGCUGCUUUGUGGGCCUUUUAGUAAAUAACCAGGUAGUUUUUUAGAAAUUCACUGAGUUCAACAUACACGUCAAGUAUAAAUAAAACUGUAACUGGGGAACAGGUUCCACAAUAGGUGCAGUUAAAAAGUUUGUAAUGUUUUGAAAGUUAUUGCUGGUUUAAGAGCUACUGCUACUUAUGCAUAUAAGGUGAAUACUUCCUAGGUGUGGUAAGGUUUUUCAAAAUUAAAAUAUUUUAAACUAUGCUUAUUGUACCUCUUUUUAGUGUAAGUAUAUACAAUUUUAGAGACUGAGCCAGCUGUACCCACUGAAGUCUGAGAUUUUUGAGUUUAAUGGAAUUAGAGCGCACAAAACGAGGCACCCUGCUGGUACCCAGCAAUCAUAGGACAUUGCCAUACUACAUGGAAAAAAAUACUGGGUUAAUUUUAAUCUUGGGCAGUAAUCAGAUCUGGCUGUACACAUAGGUUGCAGCUUCAUUAAAAGUAAUAUGCAAUAAGAACUUCAGCAAUUCUAAUGUAAAUGGGGACUACAUAGAAUUCAUUUUCCAAUUUCUGACCUCAUAUUGUAUUCCCACUGCAAUGUGAUGUACAUCAGAUAUUGCUGUUUAACAGAUUUGUACCCAGCCCAAGAAUCAUACCUGUUCUGCCAUGUUUGACUAUAUGUAUCAAUUAUGCUGCUUUGGGCUAUUCAGGAAAGAUUUUGUCUCUCUUACAUUUUCCAAGUCAUGUGGAUCUUGCUGUUCCUUU